AUGGCCGGCAGGGCCGGGAAGCCUGAGCUGCCCUCCUACUUCUCUUCCCGGGGCUCGGGCAGCCCCAAGGCCCGGCCCAAGUUCGGCGGUAUGUUCUGCAACGUGGAAGACGCCUUUGAGAACAAGAGCCUGACCUUCACGUCGCCGGGCACCGCCGGGAGGACCAGCCUCCCGAGCUCCGGCUCGCUCUCCCCACCCCCACCCCCACCCCACUCCCCAGGGUCUGGAUCCAGCAUCUUUGGGGGGCGGCGAGAGGGCUGUACGGAGAGUGACCGCCUGCUGAUCAAAGGUGGGAAGAUCGUCAACGAUGACCAGUCGUUCUAUGCUGACGUCUAUCUGGAAGACGGCUUGAUCAAGCAAAUUGGAGAAAAUCUCAUCGUUCCUGGUGGCAUCAAGAUCAUCGACGCCUACGGUCUGAUGGUGCUGCCGGGAGGCAUAGACGUCCACACGCGGCUGCAGGUUUCUGUCAUGGGGAUGAGUUCUGCCGACGACUUCUAUCAAGGCACCAAGGCUGCCUUAGCAGGAGGAACCACCAUGGUCUUGGACCACGUGCUGCCCGAGCCUGGCGUGAACCUGCUUACUGCCUAUGACCAGUGGCGGGAGGCCGCAGACAGCAAGGCGUGCUGCGAUUACUCCCUGCACAUUGACAUCACGCGCUGGCACGAGAGCCUCAAGGAGGAGCUGGAGGCCUUGGUGAAAGACAGAGGCGUGAACUCCUUCCAAGUCUUCAUGUCCUAUAAAGACAGAUACCAGUGUACGGACGGCCAGAUGUACGAGAUUUUCAGCAUUAUCCGAGAGCUGGGAGCCAUCGCGCAAGUUCAUGCUGAAAACGGAGACAUCGUCGACGAGGAGCAAAAGCGGCUGCUGGAGCUCGGGAUCACUGGACCAGAAGGCCACGUUCUCAGCCACCCUGAGGAGGUGGAGGCAGAGGCCGUGUACCGGGCAGUCACUAUCGCCAAGCAGGCCAACUGCCCCCUGUAUGUGACCAAAGUGAUGAGCAGAGGAGCCGCGGACACGAUUGCUCACGCCAGGCGCAGAGGGGCCGUCGUGUACGGGGAGCCCCUCGCUGCUGGCCUGGGCACGGACGGCUCGCACUACUGGAGUAAGAACUGGGCGAAAGCCGCCGCCUUCGUCACCUCGCCCCCAAUAAGCCCGGACCCCAUGACUCCUGACCAUCUCUCCUCUCUGCUGUCCAGUGGGGACCUGCAGGUGGUGGGCAGUGCCCACUGCACCUUUACCACAGCGCAGAAAGCUGUGGGCAAGGAUAACUUUACGAUGAUCCCCGAGGGCACCAAUGGCAUCGAGGAGAGGAUGUCCAUCGUUUGGGAGAAAUGCGUGGCUUCGGGAAAGAUGGACGAGAACGACUUUGUGGCUGUGACCAGCACGAAUGCGGCCAAGAUCUUCAAUCUGUACCCCCGGAAGGGCCGAGUGGCCGUGGGCUCCGACGCAGACCUCGUCAUCUGGAACCCCAAGGCGACCACCGUCAUCUCCGCCAAGAGCCACCACCUGAACGUGGAAUACAACAUCUUCGAGGGCAGCGAGUGCCGCGGGGCCCCCACGGUGGUCAUCAGCCAAGGCAGAGUCGUGCUGGAGGACGGGAACCUGUUUGUGAUCCCCGGCUCGGGGCGCCUCGUCCCCCGCAAAACCUUCCCAGACUUUGUCUACAAGAGGAUCAAAGCCAGGAACAGGCUGGCCGAGAUUCAUGGCGUGCCAAGGGGGCUCUACGAUGGACCAGUGCACGAUGGGAUUGUGACAGCCAAGUCGGUGGCCCCAACGCCUGCGUCCAGAAUCUCCUCCUGCCCUGGCAAGAUCACCGUCCCACCCAUCCGCAACCUGCACCAAUCUGGCUUUAGCUUGUCUGGCUCUCAAGCGGACGACCACAUCGCCAGGAGGCCAGCCCAGAAGAUCAUCGCCCCUCCGGGAGGAAGGUCCAAUAUUACAUCUCUGUCCUAG